AUGGUUUCUCGCACUUUCGUCCUCUCUUCCAUCGCCGUCGCUGCCGCUGCUAAUAGCACUGCUUCCUCUAACGUCACCAGCUCUGCUAAUGGCACUACCACUACCACCGUUGUUACUGAGUUCACCACUUACUGCCCUGAGCCUACUACCUUCACCAUGAACAACAAGACCUACACCGUCACCAAGCCCACCACCUUGACCAUCACUGACUGCCCUUGCACUCUUACCCACACCUCUUCUGCUUCUGUUGCCCCCGUUGCCCCUACCACUGCCGGCCCCGUCUCUACUGCCAACGCCGCCGUUGCCAAGGGUCUCUCUGCUGCCGUUGGUGUUGCCGCCGUCGCUGCUUACUUGCUUUAA